AUGCUUCUUCACCACCUCCUGCUGUGCUCUGGUGUGUGCGUAACCCUUUUGUGGAUUUACAUCCCGGCUGCUUUCUUCCACAAUGAAAACCACGGGUCACUCACGGGGCUCUGUUGUACCUUUUCUUUGACCUCUUAUAAAUAUGCACGAAGUGGCCUAGGAUUAGAGCCAGGGAUCCUUCAAGCUGCUCAGCGUGAUGGAGGUGAGACCUGGACCCGCUCUGGAGGGUCCAAGGACAACACAUCUGGUGAAGACAAGAUCUCAUUGCCCCUAGACCUGCUGCCCCCUCAUUACAAUCCACAUUCUGACUCUAUAUAG